UCAUAUGAGACCACACCUCUUAUGUGAGAACUCUAAUCUAUAUGAGAACAAAUCUAGACCAUUGAUCAAAUUAAAUCUAACCAUCCAAAAAAAACAUAGUAAUGACAUUUUUGUAAUUUCUUGAAUUACACCUCCUUCUCUCUUUGCUAUUUCUUCUUGCCUUUCACGUUCAACAUCUCUUUCUCCUCAAACUUUCAAACCUCUUGUCUUUCUCUCUCCUCAAAUUCCAAAAUUGAACACAAAUUGCUGCAAAUUGAAGAAUUUUUGUUCAAAUUCGCAUAAACAACCUAAAUUGCUCAAAUCAGAUACGUUUUUUUUUUCGAUUUUGUUCAAAUUUUCAUGAAAAACGCAUGAUGUUCAAGUAGAUUUUGCGAUUUUUCGAUUUGAUUUUUUGCGAUAUUUGUGAUUUGAUUUAUGCGAUUUUCUGAUUGAUUUUCAUGAAUUUCCCAUGAGUUAAAGUCGAUUUUUCAUUUUUCAUAUUUUGAUUUUCAUUUAUUCUCGGCAAUUUUAGGGUUCAAAGUUUGGCGAUUUUAGGGCUAGAAUUUCAGCGAUUUUAGUGUUCGAAUUUCAGCGAUAUUAGUUCAAGAUAUACUUGCAAGAGAAUGACCACGCUACUGCUAUAACUCAAAUUUAAGCUAUGAUGGGCUGCAGUGACUUCACUACAGAAUUCCUUUCACUUCUAGCACAUGAAGCUGUUGCAUGUCGUGCACUUGAAGUUGUUGUUUCCUCUUUGCAUGAUCUCCUCAACUUCUACACAUCAGGAAAACCAAUGCCGAUAGCUGAGAUAGUUGUGAUCCGCACCACUCUGGAAAUCCUUGUUCAAGAAUCUGGUCAUGAGCUUGAUGUCCUGAAAUAUAUGAAGAGAGCCCAAACUAGGAUGACUGAGCUAGGGCCUGAUAAUUUCUUUGGGAAAGGCGAGGUUGGAAGGCGAGAACGAAACUGGAUUGCAGCAAAAGCAUGGAAUGCAGGGACACGAGCAGGGGUGGAAGAAAGUUAUGAAUUAUGUGAAGAAUUUUUUAUUUUGGCAGCUGAAUUCUAUGAUGUUAAGAUUGACAGGGAAACAGAAGGAAACAACUAACUAUUUGACAAAUGAAUGAUUAGCGAAAUGUUUGCUCAUUUGACAAAUGAGCAACUAACUAUUUGCUCAUUUGACAAAUGAGCAACUAACUAUUUGCUCAUUUAUCAAAUGAGCAAAUACUUUUUUGCUCAUUUGUUCAACUGCCUAAGAUCGAGUCUCAUUUGCAUCAGCACAAACUAAACAAUUUUGAUCAUCAGAGCUUAUCUAGCUUCAUCAUAGCAUUAAUUUGUCAAAUGAGCAAAAAAAUUCAAUGCUCGUUUGUCAAAUGAGCAAACUAUUUAAUGCUCA